AUGGCAACCGUCCGCAUCUGUGUUUGCGGUGAUGACGGAGUGGGCAAGAGCUCCAUCAUCACCUCGCUGGUCAAGGAUGUCUUCGUCACGGCAAAGAUUCAGCCCGUCUUGCCCCAGGUGACCCUGCCGCCUACCUUGGGCACGCCCGACAAUGUCACCACCACCAUUGUCGACACCUCGGCCCUGCCACACGAACGCCAUGUCCUCCGCAAAGAGCUGCGCAAGUCCAACGUCAUCCUCCUCGUAUACUCGGACCACUACAGCUAUGAGCGCGUCGCUUUGUUCUGGAUGCCCUACUUCCGCUCCCUCGGCGUCAAUGUGCCCGUCGUACUGUGUGCCAACAAGUGUGAGCUGGCCUCGAAUGGAUCCACCUCGCAGGUAGUCGCAGAGGAGAUGCUUCCGGUCAUGAAUGAAUUCAAGGAGAUUGACUCCUGCAUACGGACGAGUGCAAAAGAACACCACAACAUCAACGAGGUCUUCUUUCUCUGCCAAAAGGCCGUCACCCAUCCUAUAGCCCCCCUCUACGACUCCAAGGAGAAUGCACUAAAGCCUGCCGCCGUCUCUGCCCUGCAACGCGUCUUCCACCUGUGCGACACGGACAAGGAUGGCUACUGGAACGACCAGGAGAUUCAUGAUUUUCAAAUCAAGUGUUUUGAGAAGCCCUUGGGCGAGGACGAUCUGUCCAAUAUCAAAAAGUCCAUGGAGCGCUUUGCCCCAGGUGCCACGGGAGAGCGGGGCAUGGACGAAAAGGGCUUCCUGUUGCUGAACAAGAUGUUUGCAGAAAAGGGCCGCCACGAGACCAUCUGGAUCAUUCUCCGUAAAUUCCACUACACCGACAGUCUGAGCCUGCAAGAUACCUUUCUCCAUCCCAAGUUUGAUGUCCCCCAGUUCUCGUCGGCAGAGCUCAGUCCCGCUGGAUAUCGGUUCUUUGUGGAUUUGUUCCUCAAAUUUGACAAGGACAAUGAUGGCGGUCUGAACAACCGAGAGUUGGCCAAUCUAUUCGCCCCGACUCCGGGCAUACCGCUCUCAUGGACCGACUCUGGCUUCCCAUCCUGCACGGUACGCAACGAAGCUGGGCACAUUACGCUGCAGGGCUGGCUUGCCCAAUGGAGCAUGACGACGUUUGAAGAGCCCAAGACGACGCUUGAAUAUUUGGCCUAUCUUGGGUUCGAGAGUGGGGAUCGCAGCGGAACGACGAGUGCGCUCAAGGUGACCAAGGCACGAAAGCGGCGCAAGAGACCCGGUCGGGUGGAACGGAACGUCUUCCUGUGCUAUGUCCUGGGAUCGAGUGGCAGUGGCAAGAGCUCGUUGCUAUCCGCAUUCCUGCAGCGCCCAUUUGCCAGGACCUACCAUCCGACCAUCAAACCACAGGCCGCGGUCAACAGCGUCGAGCUCAAGGGGGGCAAGCAAUGCUACCUCAUCUUGGAGGAGCUGGGUGAGCUGGAGCCGGCGAUUCUGGAGAACCAAGCCAAGCUGGACGCCUGCGACCUGCUCUGUUACACGUACGACUCGAGUGACCCCGACAGCUUUGCGCACAUUGUCGAGCUCCGGAAGAAAUAUCCGCUGCUCGACGAGCUGCCGGCUGUCUAUGUAGCGCUGAAGGCGGACCAGGACAAGACGAUGCAACGGUGCGAGCAACAGCCGGAUGGAUACACGAGUGCGCUGAGAAUGGCCCCACCGCUUCAUGUGAGUGCUACGUGGAACAGCAUUUCGGAGCUUUUUGUACACUUGGCGGAAAGUGCAACCCACCCAUCGACGGCAUUUCCCAAGCCGGAAGAGGACGAGUACGACUAUUUGAACCUGUACCUCGCCCUUGGCGUUGUCACGUGUGCCGUUGCCUCUGCGAUUUUCAUCUGGAAGCGUAACCGUGGGUCUUAG